AUGGGCCUACUUAUGCUGCAGAGGGCGGUUUCGCGUGGCUCGCAGCGAAUAGCAGCAGCUCUCUCGACUGCCCCGCCAAGCGCCCUUUUACAACCCCACGUCCUCGGACUGCCUCAGCUCCAGAUACUCUCUUCUUCCCCAACAUCAACCAACCUCUUCUACACAUCUCGACGUCUCCAAUCGACCAUGGGCCUCACAGUCGACACCAUCAACCAGCGCGUCCGCAACGCCGAGUACGCCGUCCGCGGCGAGCUCGCCGUCAAGUCGGAAGAGUACCGCGCCCGCCUUGCCAAGGGCGACAAGUCGCUGCCGUUUGACCAGGUCAUCAGCGCCAACAUUGGCAACCCCCAGCAGCUCGACCAGAAGCCCCUCACCUUUUUCCGCCAGGUUCUCUCCAUCCUCGAGAACCCGCUGCUGCUCGAAAAGGAGGACGUCCUCAUCAACGGCCUCGGCUACCAGACCGAUGUCAUUGCCCGCGCCAAGAAGCUGCUCGCCAGCGUUGGCUCCGUCGGCGCCUACAGCGCCAGCAACGGUGUUCCCGUCAUCAAGGAGAGCGUUGCCAAGUUUAUCGAGGAGCGUGAUGGCUUCCCCGCCGACCCUGCCCACAUCUACCUCUCGACCGGUGCCUCGUCGGGCGUCAACACACUCCUCAACGUCAUCUGCGCCUCCAAGCAGACCGGCAUCAUGAUCCCCAUCCCGCAGUACCCGCUCUACACGGCCUCGCUCGCCCUCCUCGACGCCACGCCCGUGCCCUACUACCUCGACGAGGCCAAGAACUGGGGCACCGACCUCGACACCAUCCGCAAGAGCUACGAGAAGGGCAAGGCCGACGGCCUCGACGUCCGCUGCGUCGUCAUCAUCAACCCGGGCAACCCUACCGGCUCCUCCCUGCCCGAGGCCGACAUCCGCGCCGUCAUCGACUUUGCCAACGAAAAGGACCUGCUCGUCAUGGCCGACGAGGUCUACCAGACCAACGUCUUUGUCGGCAAGUUUCACAGCUUCAAGUCGGUCCUCCGCAGGAUGCAGCAGGAGAGCCCCGGCAAGUACGACAAGGUCCAGCUUGCCUCGCUGCACUCCGUCUCCAAGGGCAUGGUCGGCGAGUGCGGCCACCGCGGCGGCUACUUUGAGCUCGUCGGCCUCGACCCCGAGGUCGAAGCCAACGUCUACAAGUUCGUCUCCAUCAUGCUCUGCGCCCCCGUCGUCGGCCAGUGCAUGGUCGAGCUCAUGGUCAACCCGCCCCGCGCCGGCGAGCCCUCGUUUGCGCUCUACGACAAGGAGUACAAGGGCAUCUUCGACGGCCUGCAGGAGCGCGCCACCGCCCUCCACAAAGCCUUUUCCGAGAUGGAGGGCGUCAGCUGCGCCCAGCCCCAGGGCUCCAUGUACCUCUUCCCCACCAUCACCCUCUCCCAAAAGGCCGUCGACGCCGCCAAGGCCGACGGCCGCAAGGCCGACGAGUUUUACGCCAUGGAGCUGCUCAAGGCCACCGGCAUCUGCGUCAUCCCCGGCAGCGGCUUCGGCCAGGUCGAGGGCACCCUGCACUUCCGCACCACCUUUCUCGCUCCCGGCACCGAGUGGGUUGGCAGCAUCGUCAAGUUCCACAAGGAGUUCAUGGACAAGUACAGGUAA